AUGCAUCUCGUUCACGCCAUGCGCCCGCCACGCUACAGUGCACUGCCGCUGCGGCUGUGGCAUGUGAUGGUGUUGCUGAUGUACUGCGCCACUGGGCGUAUUGCCGCUGCUGAUCCCGCCACACAAUACCGCUGUGGAUUUGACGCGAUGAUGGGGAGGAGCGGCCCGCUGCCGACUGCGGUGGUGCGCGAGGUGCCACGCCGGGGACAGGGCGCGAUGCAGGCGUACACCGUCGCGGCAGACGAUGCGAACAACGGGUGGGAGUCGCUUCGUAUCAUGGUUUCCGUGAAGGAUUUGGAGGACGAGACGAAGUACUGCACCAAAGUGGGGGAGACGAAACCGGACUUUACCGGCCGUGAUGGGGAGUGCGCCGCUGAUGACAUUUUGACCGCGGAGAAGAAAAGGACCUUGUUGGAUGAAAUCAUCCCUGCGGCUGUCAAUCUGCACGCUGAACGUCUACUUGUUCAGCGCAUAAACGUCCUGUGGGGGAUGCCCGCAUUUGACGAGAGAAGCCGCUGCCAGUACUUCACCGUACCUCCCAGUCACAGAAGGGUUGGUAUUUUGGGUGCGGACAUGGUUCUCUACGUGGCUGCUGGAACGGGUUCAGAAGUGUGGGCCGUUCCGUGUGCUGUUUGGGAAGACCUUCGCCCCGUGGCUGCUGCCAUGCAGUUCUCGCCUAAUCUUGUUGGGUAUAGCAUGCACGCUUCUCGCGCAGCUGCACAUUUCAUUGCCCAUGCCCUCGGGUUCAGCGUGCAAGAAAUGGCGAGGCGCA